CAGCAACGAGUAAAACCAAGAUAAAACUUUCAAAAAAUAGUAAACUCAGAGACGGCCACUAGUGCUAUUAAACAACAGCAGCAACAGUUCCACGAGUACAGUAAAAAACGAGUUAUUAUGCAAGACAAUCCAAACUUACUGGAUGAAGGUGCGAACCUCCUAAAGGAUCUGACACACGCGAAUCUAAAUGAGCCACUCCAGCAGUACAAUACGAAUACCUUCAAACUCAUACAGACUAUAUCGGAAUUUGCCGAGGCAUUGGGUAAUGCGAUUGAAUCCCACAAUCAGAGUAUCAUCCGACUCGUCGAUGACUUCCGAACUCGGGAAGUGAAUUCGGAAGGAGAAGCGAACGGUGUGCAACGACUGUGGGAAUACUUGCUUCGACAAGUUGAAGCUGAUGCCACCGCAUAUCUUCAUCUUGGCUCUCUACUCCAACAACAUUUAUCGCGACACACACUCGAAAAUUGUUUCUAUCAUAAAGCCCAACACAAAGAGGUUUUUACUCGUCGUAAAGCAUACGAGCAAGAGGUUACUAAGUCGGAGAAAAAUUUACAACGAGCACGAGCAGAUUACAAGCAAGCUUAUGGGGCACUCUUAGCGACAAUCGAAUCCAAUCAGGAUUCCGAACUUAAACGCGCCUACCUCGAAGCUCACAAUGCUUAUGUGCUCCAGCUGCGAGCUACCAACGCUACGGCCGAACGAUACGAAUUCCAUUGCCUGCCUGGCUUGUUGGGCGAGGUAGCCGAGAUCUAUGUGCAAUUGUGUACCCUCGCAUGCAACUGUGUCGGUGGUAUCUCCGAGUCUACCAGGGAAAAGGUGAACGAGCAGGCUAAAAGAUAUCAGGCAUUAACGAAGGAGGCCAAGCUCGUCAAUCCUCAAUCAGAUCUACAAGCUCUAGCACGAAGUUUAGCGGCAACCGCGCAACCACGUAAACCUCCACGUCGAUUGUUCAUAACACCGUCGCCACCAGAGCAAACUACUUCUGAACGCAUUAAUAGUGUGCCUGCAUUAAGAGAUGAGCUUGUACCUACAGGUAAUAACAGCCUUGCUAUUCUUGAAGAAGACUUAAAACUUGAAGCCGAGAAACUCAUAAAACAAAUUACCCGACUGCAAGAUUCUCUCGAUACCCUAAAUCGUAUGCAAGGCAAAAGUAUCGAAGGUAACUCCUACACUAAAGUAGCUGAAUUGCAAGAGGAUAUUUCAAUACAACGUUUCGAUCUAGGUGUUGCGCAAUUGCAUCUGGCUGCUGUUAAUGCUCAGAAGGAGCUGUUCGGAGGAGGGAUAGAAACAGCGCAACCAGAGGGUACGGGAAGUCGAAAAAUGUCAAAUGGAUCAACUGGAAGCACAAAGCCAAAAUGGCUUAAAGCAUUCAAAAGUCUGAAAACUACGCCAACUAUACCUUCAUCCAAUGAAAAAGGAAAACAAGCAAUGUAUCAUGCUGUUUCGACAGUGGUGGCUAUGUCCAGAAAAAACCUAGAGGCUGAGUCUGGGGGUCACAACUGGUACCAAUAUACCUACCGCAAGAUAACGCCUUGUGAUGCCUGCGGGCAAGUAUUACGUGGUCAUUCACUUCAGGGCUUCCGAUGCCGCAAUUGCAAAGCCAAUGCCCAUGCAGAUUGUAUGAGUGCAGUGCAGCCGAGCAAUUGCCCGAGCCUGGUGCCGAAACGCGCCACUGUCAUACCUCUACUACGUAGGCAGAAGAGCACCGCGCCACCCAUUGACGAGACACCAUCAUCCGAGCAAAAUGUGGACGCCACGUACCAGGUGCUGAAGCAGGCUAGCGAGAUACGUGGAAACUCGACAAACUCACCAUCUACGCCUCCUACAGCAGAUCAUCCUGCAGCACAGACUUCGUCAUCGAGGAUAACCACCUCCUCCCAACCUUGUUCCUCGUCUACCUCUGCACCACAUAGUCCUCAGCGUCGAAGAGAGCGACUAAAUCUACGAAUGAAAAGUCUGAGUCUGGAUUCGCCGGAAGGUUCGGUCCACAUACGUCAUCGGCCCCGAGAUCAUAAUUCUGGCCAAAGAGAAUCUACACCGCCUCGGCGCUCCGACAGCGGCAGCAUCAAUCGAUUAUCAGCGCCAUGCAGUCCGGGUCAAAGCAUUCCUGGUAUCCAUAAGCAACACAUUCGAGGAACUAUCAGGAUGUCUAGCGUCGAGCUACCUGAUGACAAUGAGAAGUCCUAUUCGUCUACUAGUACUUCGCCUUGUCCAUCGCCUCAUAUGAAUAAUCAAAAUCAUUUGAAUCCAUUCAGCAAACGCAUGCUUCCACCUCACAAUCUCUAUGUUGCACUUUAUAAUUUUGUUGCAGAAUACCAAGACCAACUCGAACUCAAAGCUGGCUAUAAAAUAACUGUCAUUGACAAGUCACGUAGCGAGUGGUGGGAGGGAAAAUGUUUAGGAGGACGUGCAGGUUUUUUUCCUAGAACAUUCGUAAUGAAAGUUGAAUCCGGUCAGAAAACCUUACAAGUUAUGAAAAAUCUACAAUUACCGAAUGAAACAUUUCUUUUCUGUUCUCAAAUCGUCGUGCAAGUAAGUGAUGAGUACAAUGGCAUAGCAAUGGUACGAUAUGCUACGCACGUACCAACAUCCGGUCAAUUGAACGGUGAGGUUCGCUACAAGGAGGUACUUUGUCCAUUGAAAUUUCUCCAGGAGGUGUGACGGCGUGCUUCCAACGCCCAUACAGACAGCGAACGACACAGACGAAAUCACGUUCGUUCGCAUGUUACCGGGUCAAAAACAGGCUCGGAAAAGUACUAUGAUUGUCUGCAGUGUCCUGAGCAGUGCCGUCAUGAUUUCCUUCAAAAGAAUAAAAACAAUGUUAAUAAUAAAAAUAAUAUCAAUAAUAAUACUAUUAGUAACAAGAACUUUAACCGUAAGAGUGAUAAACUGAAUGCUCAUAAUGGUAAGAUCAUUGCUAAGAAAAAUAACAACAGCAGUAGCAAUAAUCAAAACAACAGGAAUAAUAAGAA